GAGGCUGCCGGGAGGCGUGGUUGGGAUGGAUCAGUCAGUAGCCAUUCAGGAGACCCUGGCCGAGGACGAGGACUGCAUCAUCGCGGUGCAGGGGGAACUGUGUGGAGCGGACAGUGUCCAGAGCCGCCUCUUCGGGCUGGUCCGGUGGCACCAGGAACAUGCCCUCUUCUUGUUCACUCACUGCCGAAUGGCCAUCACUGGUGAAGACCUCUCCUUGGAGAAGGUUGUGCCCAUCACCAAGGAGUUUACCCUGGAAGAAGUGACCACGGGCAGCGACCUCCAUGUGCUUGGUGCGGAUGUCACCGUCCGGAUGGAGUCGGAAGAGGGGAGCCUGGUGGUGCGGUUUCCCUUCGGCUCCCACACCCGGUCGUUUCUCCAAGAGGUGACUAGAUCGCGCCCAGCGUGGGGACCCUCGGGCCCCCACCCGCAGUUCGCGUGGCUGAGGCGACACCACGGGCUGCAGCCGCAGGAGGCCCCGCCCCCCUUGCCCUCAGGGGUUCCCUGCUCCAAAGACCCCAAGCCAAAUGGGAAAGGCGUGCUUGCCGACCCAGACCCCUGGGGUUAUGACAGCUCCGAUGGUGUCUCUUCAAGGCAGAACAAACCCAAGAUGGAAAGUAUAAGCAACAUGGUGCGAUCCUCCACGGUGACGGUUUCCGACAAGGCCCACAUGCUGUCAAUGCAGAAGUUCGGGCUGCGAGACACGAUUGUGAAAUCUCAGCUGGUCCAGAAAGAAGACACUUACACCUACAUCCAAAACUUCAGGUUUUUCGUGGGUACGUACAACGUGAACGGACAGUCGCCCAAAGAGUGCCUGCGGCCGUGGCUGAGCCAGGACGUCCACCCCCCGGACGUGUAUUGUGUCGGGUUCCAGGAACUCGAUCUGAGCAAAGAAGCCUUUUUCUUCAACGACACUCUGAAGGAGGAGGAGUGGUUCAAAGCGGUGACAGAUGGCCUUCACCCCAGUGUUAAGUAUGCUAAAGUGAAGCUCAUACGGCUCGUGGGGAUAAUGUUACUGCUGUAUGUCAAGAAGGAACACGCGCUGCAUCUCUCGGAAGUGGAGGCGGAAACCGUGGGAACAGGAAUCAUGGGGAGAAUGGGUAACAAAGGAGGAGUGGCCAUCCGCUUCCGGUUCCACAACACCAGUAUCUGCAUCGUGAAUUCCCACCUGGCCGCCCACACCGAGGAGUACGAGAGAAGGAACCAGGACUACAAGGACAUCUGUUCCCGGAUGCAGUUCGGUCAGCCGGACCCCAGCCUCCCGCCUCUCACCAUCAACAAGCACGACGUGAUCCUCUGGCUGGGCGACCUCAACUACAGGAUUGAAGAGCUGGAGGUGGACAAAGUGAAAAAACUCAUCGAGGAGAAGGCGUUUCAAGCCCUGUACAAGUACGACCAGCUGAGGAAUCAGGUGGCCGACAAGGCCGUUUUCGAAGGCUUCACGGAGGGCGCGAUCUCCUUCCAGCCCACCUACAAAUAUGACCCCGGCUCGGACGACUGGGACACCAGCGAGAAGUGUCGGGCCCCGGCCUGGUGCGACCGAGUCCUCUGGAAAGGGAAGAAUGUGACUCAGCUGAGCUAUCAGAGCCACAUGACCCUGAAGACCAGCGACCACAAACCCGUCAGCUCGGUGUUUGACAUCGGGGUCAAGGUGGUGAAUGAGGAGCUAUACCGGAAGACCUUGGAGGAAAUCGUCCGCUCCCUGGAUAAGAUGGAGAAUGCUAGCAUCCCCUCCGUGACCCUGUCCAAACGGGAGUUCUGUUUCCAGGAUGUGAAGUACAUGGAACUGCAGAGCCAGUCCUUCACCAUCCACAACGAGCAGGUGCCUUGCCAAUUUGAGUUCAUCAACAAGCCAGGCGAGAGCUCCUACUGUAAGCCGUGGCUGACCGCCAACCCCAGCAAAGGAUUCCUGCUGCCAGGUUCCCACGUCGAAAUAGAGCUGGAGCUCUUCGUCAACAAGACGACCGCCACGCGGCUCAACUCGGGAGACGAUCGGAUCGAGGACAUCCUGGUGCUGCACCUGACCCGAGGGAAGGACUACUUCCUUUCCGUGUCGGGGAACUACCGUCCCAGCUGUUUCGGCUCCUCCAUCCAGAUGCUCUGCCACCUGCGGGAACCCAUCCAGGACAUGCCGGCGGAAACGAUCCGGGACCUGACCCUGCUGCCGCUGCAGGCCGGCACCGACGGCUCCCAGGAGGAGAAGCCCCUGGAUAUCCCCAAGGAGCUCUGGAUGAUGGUGGAUUUCUUGUACCGCAAUGCUGCCCAGCAGGAAGACCUGUUCCAGCAGCCGGGCUUGAGGUCGGAAUUCCAACAGAUCCGGGACUGUUUGGACACGGGCUCGCCCGAAACCCUGUCCGGCAGCAGUCACUCGGUGGCGGAAGCCCUGUUGCUUUUCCUGGAGAGCCUCCCGGAGCCGGUGGUGUGCUACGGGCUGUACGAGAGCUGCUUGGAGUGUGUGGGCGAUCACCAGGCCAGCCGACAGGUCAUCUCGACCCUCCCCGCCUGCUACAAGAACGUCUUCAACUAUUUGAUGGCAUUUCUGCGGGAACUACUGAACAACUCGGCGAAAAACCACCUGGAUGAGAAUAUUCUCGCGAGCAUAUUUGGCAGCCUGCUGCUCCGCUCCCCGUCCGGACACCCGUCGCCCGACGUGGCGGAGAAGAGGAAGGCUCAAGACUUCGUUCACCAGUUCCUCCUGAGAGGCAGCGACGCCCCCUGAACCCCGGCCCCGGCGGACGGUCGCGGCCCCGGAACUUCCCGCUGGGAAUCCCGUCGGGAUUAGAGCCCUCCGGCGGCGGAAGGCGGCCCACCCUCCAGCCCGAGUUGCGUGCGCCCGGCAGAGCGCGGGAUGUGAGGAAUGGUGAAUCCCGUAACGAGGUGUGAAGAAACCAGCCAACCGCGGAACUGACGUUUUCCCCCUCGGCCUCGUUGUCGUUAACGUGUAGAAAUAGUUCUCGGGUUCCUUUUUUUUAGGGAACGGGUGACACCAGCCUGCUUCCUCUGCCUGUCUUGGGGAAAGCGUGUCACUUCUGGGCCAAGUUCCCCUGGAUUCGGGAGCUUUAAUGAACUGUUUUGGGGAAGGUGAGUGGGAGAACGGGAAUGCACGCUGUUAGUGGCUCGGCAGGCGGACCCCUUGUCCCUCCUCGGUUUUGCCAAGGGAUUGUCGAGUGUUCGCCAUACUUGCACGCUCUCUCUCUCUCUCACACACACACAAACACACCCUCCACCCCUACCACAAAAGUUGCCAUUUGCUGAGCAGGUGCUAGAGUGACUUGAGGGUAUUAAAACCGCAAAACCGAUGAUGUUUAUCUGGGUUCUUAAACGAGAUAAUCUCUCACGCUGUAUAUAUUGUUACCUUUUCCCUCCCCCCCUACAACCCGCCCCAUCCUAAUAUGUGUAAUAUAUUUGGAAGAUAAACCUAUUUUUAACAGCA